UUGGGUGCAAGGAAUAGCUCGAUUAUUGUUAACGGAUGACACGAAAACAGCGACAGUCAUCAGGCGUAUAAAAGUACGACGAAUUUUACCCUAAGGCAUCAGUCUUCUGACGAUCUUCUUGCAAACAAACAUGGCUGGAAAGCUCAUCGUACUCUUAAGCGUAGCAGUGUUUUCAAAAGGGGCGGUGGUACCAGCGAUACCGGCAGUACCGGCAUCUAUAGUGACAGCAAAACUCGAGGAAUUAGAUUCGACACCCCACUACAGCUUCGCGUAUGACGUCCAAGAUGCCGUAACCGGGGACUCUAAAGCCCAAUAUGAAACUAGAAAUGGCGAUUUGGUACAGGGUAGCUACAGCUUGAUUGAGGCAGACGGUACUCGACGCAUAGUCGAGUAUACAGCGGAUCCAAUAAAUGGCUUUAACGCAGUGGUAAGCCGAGAACCAGCAACUGCUGUAGCAGCCAUUGCAGCUCCAUUGCUACCAUACGCACCAGCCAUCGCGCCUGCCGCAGCAGCUACACCUGUUUUGCCUGCAGCACCUGCACCAGCUAUUCCAGCUAGCGGUCCAGAUUCUGAUGUUGAAGUAGUUGAGGCUAGAUCCGGUCCUCUGGUUGCAUCCAACAGUCCAAUUGCUCAUGACGAGCAGCUUCGACAACAACAAGAACAACAAUUGCAGCAAUUGAAGGAGCUUGAAAGGCAACAACAAGAACAGCAACAGAAACAAUUGCAACAAUUGCAACAGUUUCAACAACAAUCCAGAUUGCGAUUCCAACAGCAAAUUCAGCAACAGCAAAGGAUACAACAAGAACAGGGACAGCAACAAGAACAUCAAAAGCAACAAUCAUUGCAACGACAACAAUCACAACAGCAGAAACAGACUGCUACACCAGUGAAAACUCUUGUUACUCCGGUACAAUUGCCAGCAAAAGUUCCACAAGCGGCGAGAUUAGUAAGCUUGCCAGCAACUAAAACUGUUACCACUUUUACCUCUUAUCCUAAUGUCUAUGCGUACACAACUGCUUACUCAUCACCUUUAGCUUACGCAUCUAUUGAAGGUCUCACUUAUGCACCCGCCACCACUCUUCUGUAAAAUUUUUAAAAUUGUUUUGUUAAGAUUGUUUUAUUAUUAAGUCAUGCCCGCUUAAUUGAUCAAGUUGUAAUAAAUAUAUCUUUAUAAUGAA